AUGGGCGGCGUCGUGAUCAGCCCUGCUGCGGUGUCAGAACAGGUCUACCGCUCUCUGUUCGCCAGCGCCAUGCUAGGAGGCCCCAUCAAUCGCGCCACGAACUCUUCAGAAUCGCCGUUUCGAUCUUCGCCGGCUGCAUCCGCGCACAAUUUCUCUGCUACCCAUAGCGCAAGCUCUAGGGCGCCGUCGACGCCUAUCUCGUCCUCCGUUGCUCCCUCCUACUCGUCGCCCUCGCAUGAUGUGCCAGCAUAUGUCCAGUCACACUCGAACAACAACGAAUAUCCAACCACGAUGGCGAGCUCACACCGCAUGCCUCCUUCUGAACCAAUGCUAGCCUCGGCGAAUCCCAUGUAUCACUCGGCAGAAGCCCAGGCUGCAAGCUUUUCAGCUUCUCAUAUUCCGUCUCCCUCCUCCCCUCGGUUACAACCCACAAGCGCGUCAACGAAAUCUCUCGGAAGCUCUGCGGCGACGUCGCCGAGCAGAAUUAAAGUGCGCGAUCUUUCACACAUCCAAAGCUUUGCCAGCGAAGAGCUCCUAGAGCAAGCACAACGCUCACGGCGGCCCGGACGGGGGCCUACCGACGUUGCCCGCCAAUAUGAAAUCAGUUCAAUGCCGGUCACAGACAUCAUCGAAAUGGUUGCGGGCUUACUGACCAAGAUCACGGCGACAAACGAUUCGCAACAUGAAAAUAUCCACCGCCACAUUCCUCCCCUGGAGGGCACGGCCAACCUGAGCCCGCAAGCGAGCAGUGUCCUUGCUUUUCACGGGAAAAACGUGCCAUCAAUCACCAUCCUCAGCUACCUCACCCGUAUUCACAAGUACUGUCCUACGACGUACGAAGUAUUUCUCAGUUUACUAGUCUACUUUGACCGCAUGACAGAAAUGGUCAACCGGCGGCCGAUCCAGCGCCGGCGGAACCGAGUCGACUCGGCCUCGGCCAUGGCACUGGACUCGCGGUCGCAGUCUCGGAAUACAUCCACACACCGCCUCACCGUCGUCACACCCCCUUCAUCGAGCGGAAUAGCAGCCCAAGACCCCAAGUCGCCUGAAUCGACAAUCUCAUCGUCUAUACAACUGGACGACGAUGAGGAAGACGAAUUUUCCAACUUUUUCAUUGUCGAUAGUUUCAACAUUCAUCGGUUGGUCAUUGCCGGAGUGACUUGUGCCAGCAAAUUCUUUUCUGAUGUUUUCUACACGAAUUCACGAUAUGCCAAGGUUGGCGGUCUCCCACUAGUCGAGUUGAAUCACCUAGAGCUACAAUUUUUGCUUCUGAACGACUUUAGAUUAUCCAUCACCGUCGAAGAGCUAGACGCAUACGGGACUAUGCUGGUGGAAUUCUACGCGCGCGAGGUGGUUGCCCAGCAGCAGCAUCAACAAGCCGCAAUGGCAGCGGCAAGUGUAGCACGCCCUCUGGAAAUGGAAUACCCUGGCCAUGACCAUCGUCACCACAGACACGGACACCGCCGCGACGAGUCUGAUUAUAGUAGCCACAUGCGCACGCCUCCUUAG